CCAAAGCGGAGAAGAAGAAAAAGAUCCACCCCGUGUGUCAUGAGCAGUGACAGGCUAAACCAAUGGAACUGUAAACUAUGGCACCUGCUUCUGUAAUGUGGGUACAUCAUUUUUGACUUUUUAUUCUGAAAUUAACUAAACGUCCAAUGUUGGAAAGUGGAUGAGUAAAUGUGAGCGAAUUAGCUGCGUUAGCUAGGGGGGUUUGGGGAUGGUUGACGGCUAGCUAGGUCGCUGUAGCGUCGUCUAUUUACCGCUAUCAUGAGCGAAGAAGACGCUUCGGCGUUAUCAAGUAAGGACAAAGACUCCACUCUUCUGCUGACUAAAGACGGGCAUAGAUACUACGUGAAUAAAAGCGGAGUUGUGGACAGUAGAAAUGUGAUAACGCCGCAUGAACCGGAGAACAGCGUCUCCUACGACAUGGAUGAUCCGGACGAAGAGAGCGACGUUUUGGACACCUCAGAUCCCAGAGACGGCACGGCCAGCCCGGAGGAGCUCAACGACGAAGAGACCUCGGAAGGCGAUAACGCUCCCAAACAGUGUACUUACGAGGGAUGCACGGAAACAACAACGCAGGUGGCCAAGCAGAGGAAACCUUGGAUGUGCAAAAAACACCGCAACAAGAUGUACAAAGACAAGUAUAAGAAGAAGAAGAACGAUAAGGCCCUGUCCACUGGAAAACUUGAUGAAAACUCUGAGGAACGUCCUGUGUCAGUGAACAAACAGCGUCUGGGUGCCAUGGGGGAUCGUCCAGCCAGACCUUCUCUGAUAGAGCAGGUCCUCAACCAGAAAAGACUGUCACUUCUCAGGAGCCCAGAAGUGAUCAGCUUCCUGCAGCAGCAGCAGCAGCUCCUGGCUACACAGAGCCGCAGCCAAUCACAGCAGCAGUUCAGGGCUGCUGACGCUGGGUGGCGGUUGUUAAGUUUUUGUGAUGCAAAAAGAGCACUGAAGAAUAUAAUGGCUGAUGCAUAAGUGAAUAGUAGGUGUACACAGAAAGCACUGAUUUCUUCAGUCAUGCAGAAGACAGAGUAAAGGGAUAUUUUAAAGGUGUGCUGAGAAUGGGGGACUAAACUGAUAUGAAUCCCCAGCCUGGUGAGGAUUCCUCAAAGUUACAUGCUGACUCUAAAUAAACCAUGCCUGGUGCUGUUUUUGGUACAUUUUUCUAAAUACAACCCAAGAUUUCACUGUUUAUUUUACUACUAGUGUCAGGUCCUGUUCUGUUGUUUUAUGUGGGAGUAAUCAAGUCCUCACCAAAAUAAUCCUGAAAAAAGGACCCACAGAAAUUUUUAUGUGUGUGUCACACAGGAUACUUUUCUGUUUUCUCAACAAUCCUUACAGCGUUAUUAUUUAAUCUUAACCUGAACUGCUACGUGUAGUCGUGACAAUCAUUUGUGUAGCACAUGUCUUUUCAUGCAGGUGGAGGACUUGUUUUUGACAACAUUUUGUAUUUGUUCAUCCCAAACUGCUGCACAAACUUUAAGUGAUGACUGAAUAUGGAAAAGAAGCAGGGACAUGCCUUAUGUUAGCAAAAGUCUGGUGAGCAGUUACUGCAUGAUAUACAUAUUUAUGAAAUGAUCCCCCUGUGUUUGUAGUGUAUACCCCUGAUGAGUAUAUGAAUAAAAAUAUGA